UCUCCAUCUCCAUCUCCAUCUUCAUCUCCAUCUCCAUCUCCAUCCUCCACGUCAUCCUUCCCUCUCUCCUACUCCACACUCAUACCCCAUCCCUUUUGUGGUCUGCUCCUUGCAAACCUCCGCUCAGCGGCCGCCGUCUCCCAUGAACCGAUCUCUCCUCAAGAAGCCGGCCAACACGGCCUUUUCGCAACAGCGACUCAAGUCAUCCAACCCCAUCCUCACGCCCAAAUAUGCCAUCUCGAUUCUGCUGGCUGUUGGCGCUAUCCUGAUCCCCUUGGGCAUCGGCCUCUAUAUCGCAUCUGAGAAGGUCGUCGAGGUCAGCUUUGACUACAGCAACUGCAAUCAGGCAUCGACCAGCUUCACGGCCCCGUCCAACACUCAAGGCGGCGUCGUGAGCCAAUGGAAGUACAACCCGUCGUCCAAGACCUGCACCAUUCUCUUCAACAUCGGCCAGACCAUGCCCCAGCCGGUCUUCCUGUACUACCGGCUCGGAAACUUUUAUCAGAACCACCGAUUCUACGUCAAGUCGAUCGACAAGCAGCAGUUGCUUGGAAAGCAGGGCAGCUGCGACUCGUUGACGACCCUGGGCCGAGUCACCUUGUCGGAUCUGAACCGCACCUUCCCUGGCUACGGCGGCCCCGCCAAUACCUGGCUGACACCCGACGAUCUGCAGGCCUACAACAGCACAUACUACCCUUGCGGCCUCGUUGCCAACUCGAUGUUCACGGACACCUUCAGCAACCUGACAUGCUACCAGUCCGACGGCAUUCCCGGCAACUCUGGCGCGCCUCCUUGCAGCCCCAACAACACCACCGAGGUCGUCUACUGGUGGAACGUCAAGAACAUCAACUGGCCCUCGGCCGACCCCGUCCUCUACGGCUAUCCCAGCUUUGUCAACAGCUGGGACAACACCACCCUCAACAAGCGACUGAUUCCUCCCCCGCUCUGGCAGCAGCUCCCGGCCUACAAAAACGGCUACAACAAGAACAACUUCCCGGACAUCAGCACGGACGAGCACUUCCAGGUCUGGAUGCGUGUCGCCGCCCUGCCCAAUUUCAAGAAGCUCUACGGCCGAAACGAUGGCAUGCAGCUCUACCCCGGCACCUGGUCCAUCGACGUUGUCAUGAACUACGACACCGAGCUCUACAGCGGCACCCGGUCUGUCGUCCUCUCGACCGUCUCCUUCAUUGGUGGCAAGAACCCCUUCCUGGGACUGGCCUACAUUGGCGUCGGCAGUCUCUGCAUCCUCAUCAGCAUGGGGCUCGUCAUUGCCAACAUGGUCAAGCCUUGGUCUCCUGGCGACCACUCCAAGCUCGGCUGGGUGCAGCAGGAACAGCUUAUGCAGCGAAGCGGCGGCCAAUAGUCAGGCCGUGCCAGCACCACCACCACCGGCGCUUGUUGCGCACGUCUCCAUUGGCCUCCUUACCACCGACUCUGCCAUGCCUUCAGGCCCAUGGCACAUAUGUAUUCCAUACGUAGCUUGUGUAUUUUAUUCAUGUUCAUCGCAUCGUGACGGUGCUGUGAUGAUCUCGCCGCCCCGAUCGCCUGCAUCUUGGAUUUGGCCUUCCCUCUGUGAUGGCGAACGCGGCACGGUGAAUAGACGCUUUCUUUUCUUUGUCUUGCA